UCAGCGAGGCUGGAGAUGUGAUUCUGCCGCUCCGUGCAUGACAAAGGCAGUACAAAUUGUUAUCGUUGUUGGCCGAUCAGUGGCGUUUCUGUGCCUUUCUGACCUAUUCCUUAUCGCUUGCAUGUCUCAAUGGCUUGGUUGUAGCCCCGCCUGGCGGCUGUUUUGGAGCCCUCAGACCCGCCCCUGCUUGCACACACACUCCGUCCCGGUUCGCUGGUUGAUACCGUGCCUCGCAUGGUCCGGCUCCGCUAGCGCCCGCGGUCCCUCUCCGCCUUCCCGGGAGAGGGGGCUGGAGCAGCGGUGGCAUCAUGUCCCGGGACCGCUUCGGCGUCCUCAGUACCCGGCAGCUGAGGGAUGUGUUGGAGGACGAAGAGAAGUUGUGCAGGAUGGUGCAGCUGAGCCCGCAGUUACAGACUCUGCAGCUGGAGCGCGAGAUCAUCCUAGCCAGUAAUCGGAAGAUGGCUGAAGAUAAUCUCAACCUGCAGCCUCAGCUAGAUGACAAAAAACUGCAUUUGGCCAGGAAGUACCAAGAGUUGCAGGAAGUGACUGCAGUUUAUGAGGACAAGCAGGCAAAACUGGCUGCCUACCUGGAAAGAUACAGUCCCAGGACCGCGCUGGAGAUCCUGCAGAGGGAGGCUAUCAAAAAUGAAGAGGAAUCUGAGGAGAUCACUGACACAUUUUUGGCUGGUAAGGUGUCAUUGGAAAGUUUUCUGGAGAAGUUCCACAGGACCAGAAAAGUUUGCCACAUGAGAAAGACGCAAGUAGAGAAGCUCCAGGACCUGAUAAAAAAGGACAGGAAGAAGAAUCAGCAACAAGUGGUGCAUCAACGGCUGGAGCAUCGAGUGGCUUCGCAUAAUGUCCCUCCUCGUUCGCAAAAUGGACCCACGGCUCAUGGACUGCACCAGCGCUCUGGUUUUGUGCCUGCCAUUGAGGUAACAUCCCGAGCUGCAAGCCCAUUCUCCAUGCCUUCACCUCUCCCUCAGAGCAAGAACCUGCCUCCUCUCAGCUCCCGGGAGCGUCAGCCUGUGGUUUCACGUCCCAACACUCCAUUCACACCCCAGGGCUUUCGCUCAGGCCUGCGCAUGCUGGGACAGCUACCCAUCUGGACUCCAAGGCCAUUUAAGCUUCAGAGAGCACACCCAGUGCAGAAGCAACCUCCUUACCGAUAAGAGCACCAAAAGUUACACACGGCAGAUCAAACUGCAGGUGGCAAAAGAUGGAAUGAUACAUGGAAAGGCAAGAAAUAACUUACAUGGCAAAGAGAGAGCAAAUGAAAUGAGUGCUAAAAUGCUAAACAUUUGUUUGGGGAUGAAAGAGAUAUUCAUAUUGUGCCCUCUAGGCUUCUGAGUGGCCAAGCAAUAUGGUUCUCACAACAGAGGGUGAAGGCCUCAUGCCUACUUCAGCAACAUAAGCACAAAUUAUUACCUCCAAGCUUCUGGAUGUAGGAACCAUACUUUUCAUUUCUGCUAAUGUUGUACAAUAUGAACAAAACUUGGCCAUGGCUGAAUGAGAAAAAAAUCCCUCCAUUUUCACCAGAUGGAAUUUUCUACUGUUUUAGUUCUUUUUCUUGGGAGGAUGCAGCUUACUUUCUAAAUCCAGCUAUUUCCAGGGAGACACCAGCUACUGGCCUUGAUUAUAUCAGCCCAGAAAUGAAUAGAUAUUUGAGAGACUUGGCAAUUUUUAUUUAAUUUGUUAUGUAACUACUAUCUGAUGGACUUAAUGAGUUGGAGAAAUGGAACCCUAAAAGGAAAUUCAUCUGACCUCUAAGCGUAGCCAACGGAUUGAGUUCUAUAGAUGCCAGAGGAACAUAGAUUUGUGUAAAGAAACUGGGCAAUAUUCCUCUGAUCUAAUUGUGUCAGUAUUGUUUUGCUAUGUCAUGGUUCCUGUUGGGUUUUGCACAGACCAUUAUCAAACUGGUCCAGGUAAUAGCUAAUGCAGCUCAAACGGUCUCUUAGAUCCACCCUGAAAAUAAACCAAUGCAGCAUCUAUUUGAAGAUCUCCCUCUGACAGUUAGUAAACAAGAAAGGACAGGCCAGAUUCUGGUAAUCUUCAGAAUUUCCCCAUGGUACUUGUCAGUGUGUAGUUACCUGUCUUUGAACUGGCCUGUUUAUUUUGAUGUGGCUACAUGUCAUUCUCAGGAAUGAAAGUCAGUCAAGUAAAUGUCCAUUUUAGAACUGCUGCAUAAUUUUUAAAAGGUCUGCAUGCAUAAAGGAAUACAUUAAUUAGUGGGCUCAGAUUGCAUUCAUGCAUAUGCAAAUGAAUCAGUUUUAUCAGCACAUACAAGAAAACCUAACUCAGCUGCACUCACUCAUAGACAUUUCUGCCCCCAACCUUUACAGUUGCUACACUGCAUCUCCUUUUUCAGAUCCUUAUGACACAGUUCAUACUGGAACCAGAGUAGUACAGCUUCUUCCACCUGAACUGUAAUGACCCAAAAAUACAUAAUAUUGUGAUGCUGGACAAACAAUGUCAUGUUUCAAAAUGACACACUUUGUUACAGAUUUCAGAAUAUCUUUAAGGAACAGAAAACAAAUCAUUGGCCUGCAAACUGAAAUUUACAAGUAGUUAUAAAAAGUAUUUUCCAUCUAAGGUGCAUGGAUGUCAAUGACCCACUAUUUAUCAUGAUAACUGUUCACCAAUGUCCUUUCUUACAGGCAUCAGGAAAUGAAGUGGAUAGAUCAUGCACAAAAAAUGGAAUUAGAGGGAGCAUUGAUUAUAAUUGUGUUGUGAAUGAAUUUGACAGGAGGGCACAGUGGUAGCACCCUUAAGUCUGGGCCAGAAGCCCAGUGUUCAAAUCUCAUGCCAGGUGUUGUUGGCCAAAGUGCAUUGAUAAUGUGGCCAAACAGGUUGAUUGUUAGCCUGUAAACUCCUCCAGUAUGCCUAAUGGUAGGCGGUAGGAGUGGGGGAGUUUCCUCAUCAGCCAUCCUUCAGAAGGCGAAGAAUAACCUUAAGAGUGGAAAAAUUCCGAAGUCCACGACCUACCCCUCGGUAAGAAGGACAGGAGAUAAUAGAGAGGACAGUGAAUGAAUUCAACAAUUUACGAACAGUUACAGUGAUCUGAAUUCACAUAUAUAAAUUCACCAGCUUCAACUUGCACUUCCUGCACCACUGAUGCACAGUGACAGCACUGUGUACCAUCCGCAAGUGUAGUGAAACUGUAGUGAAACAUUAGAUACACUCAUCCAGGGCUCCCCCAACAACAUCUUCCAAACUCAUGACCUUUACUACCAACAAGAGCAGUAGAUGCAGGAACACCACCUAUGUGUUCUCUUCCAAGUCACAAACCAUCCUGACUUGGAGCUAACACGGUGUGAAGCAGGAUGAACACAGCAGGCCAAACAGGAUCAA